AUGUGCCAAACUGAAAUUAAUAAACAUAAGUCAUCCGAGAAAGUUUAUACUGCUAAAGAAGUAUACAAAAUGCUUUCAAACAUCAAUUCCGAAAUGAUACAAGUACGAGAAGAAAUUGCUGAGGUUAAACAGCAUGUAUUACAGCAAAAUAAAUUGUCUAAUGUUUGUUUGAAUGGUACAGAAAAUGUGGUCAGUAGUACUCUUAAUUUUGAUACAGAUCUCCCAUAUUUGACGGAUGGUCAAUUUAAAGCAGCUGAAAAUAAUAUAAAUGAACCUGCAUAUUUAACUUUAUUGGUGAAUGAUCUCAAGAGAUUGGGAGGAAUUGACUAUGAAGAUGCAGUUAACAAUGCACAAGCAUAUAGAAUUUUUUAUCAGUUAGCUUGUCAGUACAGUUGGAAAGGAAAAGAGUCAAAAUGUUCAUUCAUCAAUGAGUUAAAACAAUUUAAUAAAACCGUUUUAAGUUAG